CUUCCUUCCCCUACUUUCUCAAGCUUCAAUCAUUCCGAUUCGCCGCUAUAUACUCACCCCCCCUCCUUCCCCCACUUCUCUCGCUCUUUCCCUUCUCCUUCUCUCUACUUUUCUCUCUCUUCUCUCAAACUCUUCUGCUCUUAUUCGGGUUUUACCCCUUUCAAUAGAUCUCUCUCAGUCAUCGCCAUCAACAUUGUACAAUGUCGACUGAAAAGGAGAGAGAGACUCAUGUUUACGUAGCCAAACUGGCUGAACAGGCCGAGCGUUAUGAUGAAAUGGUUGAGAGUAUGAAAAGUGUUGCAAAACUUGAUGUUGAGCUAACCGUUGAGGAGAGGAACCUGCUCUCUGUUGGGUACAAGAAUGUUAUUGGUGCCAGGAGAGCUUCUUGGCGAAUUAUGUCUUCAAUUGAGCAGAAGGAAGAAUCGAAAGGUAACGAAAACAAUGUCAAGCUGAUCAAGGGCUAUCGCCAGAAAGUAGAGGACGAGCUUUCCAAGAUUUGCAAUGAUAUUCUUACUAUCAUAGACAAGCAUCUGAUCCCCUCUUCUGGCUCAGGAGAAGCUACUGUUUUCUACUACAAGAUGAAAGGUGACUAUUACCGUUAUCUUGCUGAAUUUAAGACUGACCAAGAAAGAAAAGAGGCUGCUGAAGAGUCAUUGAAGGGAUAUGAGGCUGCCUCCGCAACUGCAAGUACAGAUCUCCCUUCGACCCAUCCAAUCCGUCUUGGCCUUGCUCUGAAUUUCUCUGUCUUCUACUACGAGAUUAUGAAUUCUCCUGAGAGGGCAUGCCAUUUGGCUAAACAAGCUUUUGAUGAGGCAAUUGCAGAGUUGGACACCUUGAAUGAGGAAUCAUACAAGGACAGCACCUUGAUUAUGCAGCUGUUGAGAGACAACCUCACUCUUUGGACCUCUGAUUUGCCUGAAGAUGGAGGUGACGAAAACUUUAAGGGAGAAGAAUCCAAGCCAGCGGAACCUGAGAACUGAUGGAGGACCAAACAGCCCUGCAUAAAGCAGUCCAAGACUGAAUUGCUAUUGUGAAAAUGGCUUUUUUCCCAGCUUUUCUCAAAAGGGGAAUUGCUUGUUAAGCCGUAGGCAUAUUACUAUAUAUUUUGUGUUUUGCAAGUCAUAGAAGCCAGUUGAAGAUGAAAUUUUUGGAUUGGUCUGCCUAAUUUUUAUUUUUGACUUCAUUUUGUUCUUGAUUUUGACUUCACUCAUGCUUUGGCAAAAUGAUAUGUCUUACUAUGCAUGGAAUGAUGUCAUGUUUG